AUGAACUUCUUCAAAGCUAGGCCGAAGACGCCUGGUGAUAUUGCUAAAACCUUGAAAGAAUGCUUAGUAAAACUUGAUAAUGGUUUAGAUAACCGUAAGAGGAAUCCGGAUGAUAUUGCAAAGUUGUUACAGCAAAUGAAGCACGUAUUAAAUGGUGACGGUGACUCACACCCACAACCAGAAGCAAUUGCUCAGUUAGCACAAGAAGUAUACGCUUUAGAUUUGCUUCAGUUACUUAUAAAAAAGAUUGGAAAGUUAGAAUUCGAAGCUAGGAAGGAAGUCACCACGGUAUUCAAUUGUUUGCUUAGACGUCAGAUUGGUUUGAGGUAUCCCACCGUUGAAUAUAUCCUCACUAAACCUCAAGUCUUGUUUUUAACUUUACAGGGUUAUAACGAUGAGGAUGUCUCACUCAACACAGGUAUGAUUCUUCGUGAAAUGCUCAGACAUGAAGCUUUAGUUAAGCUCUUAUUAUACGAUGAGGAUCACUUUUAUAGUUUUCCAAAGUACAUAGAAACUACAACUUUCGGUGUUAGUUGUGAUGCUUUUAGUAAUUUCAAGGAAUGCCUCACCCGUCACAAACAACUCGUAGCAGAAUACCUCGAAACGCAUUAUGAUAGAUUCUUUUCUGACGAUCCUAACCAAUUAUCUUACAACACACUCAUACACUCAAACAAUUAUGUGACUAAGCGUCAGUCGCUCAAAUUACUAGGUGAAAUUCUCCUUGAUAGGUCAAACUUCAACGUUAUGACACGAUAUAUCUCUUACGAGAAUAACUUGAAAGUUAUGAUGAAUUUGUUACGCGAUAAGAGUCGUAACAUUCAAUUUGAAGCAUUCCACGUCUUUAAAGUAUUCGUCGCAAACCCUAAGAAAGCACCAACUAUCGCUGCAAUUUUGCGUCGAAAUAGAGAAAAGCUUAUUGUUUUCUUGAAGGACUUCCAUAACGAUAAAGAUGAUGAAGUAUUUACCGACGAAAAAUUGUUCUUGAUACACAACAUUAAUGAACUUUAAGACAUUUUCACCUAUUUAAAUAAUCAAUUGCUGCAUUUGUACAAAGCAUACAUGAAUCAAAAUAAG